GGCGUGGAUGGGGCUUGCUCACCCUGCGAAGAUCCGGACUUAUGCGUGGCCUACAUGCUUUGCCCAUUGUGCCGGCAGGCGGAUACCUGGCACACCUUGGGCGUCCCAGAGUGGCAAACCUACUGGAAGGUGCUUGCCGCCUACAUCCUUUGCCCGUGGUGCUGGCCCUGCCUGAACUUCUACGGCAGAUAUCGCAUCCGCCAGGCCUUCAAAAUCAACCUGGAGCCACACCGCGACUUCGUGAUGCACUGCUGCUGCUGCUGCUGUUGCACAGCUUGUGCGCACUUGCAGGAGGCGCGACUGGUGGAUGCCCCGAUGCUUUACUUCCACUGCAAGCACAAGCUGGCAGACUUCCACCUUCGCGAGGUGCAAGCGCAAGCACAGCAGGAAGCCGAAGCGGCUGUUUGA